AUGACUGACACUUCCAAAUUCCACUUUGCACUUGCUGUUACCAAUGUCAAAACCCUCAUACCCAUUACGCUGGACCUGGAAAAUGGGAAAUUUCAUUCAUGGGCGACGUUAUUCAAAGUACAAGCAAACAUACACUCUGUUCUGGAACAUAUUCAGCCCCCCACUGAAGAAACUGCUGCGAAGGCAUACCAAGCCUCAAAAGAGGCUGACCUCCCUCUCUGGACUCGCCUGGACAAUGUGGUCCUACAAUGGAUUUAUGCUACCGUGUCUACUGAAAUUCUGGACACCAUUCUCGUCCAAGAUGACGUUGCUGAAAAGGCAUGUAAACGAGUGGAGAGUUUGUUUCAUGAUAACAAAAAUACCCGUGCCGUAUACCUUGAAACAAAGUUCACCACAACAGUUAUGGCAGAUUUUUCUUCGAUUACGGCAUAUUCGAACCGCCUUCAGUCCCUAGCCACCCAACUCGCCAAUGUCGGCGCCCCGGUAUCUGAAAACCGCCUUGUCCUCCGCCUCCUUGCGGGUCUCCCGGAAGCAUACAGAUACUUCGUCACCAAUAUGCAACAGAAAAAGAGAUUGCCGGGUUUCGUAGAAAUGGUCUCGCGUCUCAAGAUGGAAGACAACACAAAUAAAGAAUGGGCUGCCCGUGACAGUGGUGGUGCCGCCCUCCUUCUGGUUGAUGACGACCCCACACCUCCCCAACAUCACCCCCAUGGCAAUAACAACAACCAUGGUGGUGGCCGAAAUCAUGGUGGUGGCCGAAAUCAUGGUGGUGGGCGAAACAUUUACAGAGGCAAGAAACCAUCUUACCGUGGAAGGAGUAACAACAACCACCACCGUGGCGGUAAUCACGGCGGUGGAGGGGGUGGCAGCAGUCACGGCGGCAGCAAUUCCAGCGGCUACAACAACCACAAUGGGUCAAGCCGUGGACGAGGGGGACACAAUGUAGGAGAUAUAACUAAUAGUAUAUGA